UGCGGCUGUCUAUAGUUUCAAUACAGGGAAGUACGUGUACUAUGAUGGAUGCUGUCUGCCACUUUGAUGAUUUUUAUUCCUUCGCCGUCUUCCUUUUAUUUUUACAUCCGUGAACUACAUAUUCCUAUCCAGCAUCUGUCAUUCCGUGCGGCUUUGAUCGCUCUGUAUUUGUGACGUCAAGAAAAUAAUAUCCGUCAUUUUGUGGCUAUUAUGUAUGUAGUCAGCGUCCGCGCCUCGGCAUGAUUAUAGGUGAUGGGAUGAGAGAGCAAACGACGAGGAGGAGUAGAAUAUUCGUUAGCAUGUCUGGCAGGUAGAUUGGCUGGGUGAGUGCAGGGGUUCUGUUGUGUGGUUGGAAGCGAUCGCACGUGAGCGUCACCACCAAACACACACCGGCCCGAGGCAGACGGGCUCAGGGCGCAUGCGCGUCUGGCGUGAAAGAAAAUAUCUCCCGAGUGAAGUGGGUUGUGGUGCUGUAGACAGCUGAGCGGUGCGGAUCAGUCUGGAGCCGUUUGCCGUCUGAAAAUGCUGUAACCGCCCGUCUCACCGGUCACCGCAGGUUGACAGGAGGUUUCUGCGAGUUCCAAGCGCGCUGACAACAACAUACCAUGGCCGUGCCGGCACAGAAACUCCAGCGGCAGCACUGCUACCUGUGUGACCUGCCGAGAAUGCCCUGGGCGAUGCUGUGGGACUUUUCGGAGGCCGUCUGCCGCGGCUGCUGCAACUACGAGGGAGCCGACCGUAUCGAGCUGGUCAUCGAGACGGCCCGGCAGAUGAAGCGGGCCCACGGGUUCCAGGAGCGCGGCUCGGCGGCCACCCCGGGCCCGAUCAUCAUGAAGCAGUCCCCCGGCCCUCCCCCUCCGGGCGCCGUGCUCCAGCGCCCGCCGCACGACGGCCUCCCGCCCGGGGCAAACCCCGGAGAGGGCCGGCCGCCGCCGCUGGUGGAUCGAUACCCCAUCCACGAGAGACCGCGAGGAUCCAUGCUCGAUUACCCGCCGUCGCAGAGACCGCUAACCGGGAUGCCGGGUCCCUUCGCGCCGCUGGACGAGUCGACAGACCCGCGGGCCCGAGCCAGCCCGAGGAGGGGCCCGCCCCUGGCGCAGCACGUACCGCCCAUGCCGCCGCAUUCCGUCGGGAUAGCACCGCCGAUGAACCGCGGCCCGCUGCCGCCCCAGCCGCCGAUACCGCAGCCCUCGCCGCCCACGGGCAAGUCAUCCGCGCGUCACCAAAACAACAAGGCUGCCAACUCAACAGGUGACAAGAAUGACAAGGAGGACACGGCGAGCGACAGCUCGUCCACUGACCUGGCCACCGACACCGAGGUGUCAAGGAACGGGGACGACUUUCAUCAGAGACCGCCCCUGGUUCGCGAGACACUGGCGACCUUGUCACAGAGCACGCCAUUCGAGGUACGUUUCAAGAAGGACCAUAGUCUAAUGGGCAGGGUAUUUGCAUUUGACGCGAGUUCAAAGCCAGGCUUUGACUACGAGCUGAAAAUUUACAUUGAGUAUCCCAGCGGGUCUGGGAAUGUGUACUCCAGCGCUUCGGGUGUUGCCAAGCAGAUGUACCACGACUGUAUGAAGGACUUUGGCAAGGGCCUGUCAUCUGGCUUCAAGUACCUGGAGUAUGAGAAGAAGCACGGGUCGGGAGACUGGCGUCUUCUCGGGGACCUCCUUCCGGAAGCGUCGCGCUUCUUCAAGGAGCCUCAAAGAUGAGGAAGAGGAAAGCAUCUCCCGACCCGGAUCUGGAGAGGGAUGCGAAGAUGAGCGACGAGCAGCACCAGAGGCAGCAGUGGAUGCAGAGCCAGGCCGAGGCGCUCAAGCUCACCAUCAGUUCGACCGGGUACGGCAGCCGCGCGCCCGUCCGCGUCUCGCCCCUCACCAGCAUGGGCACGCCCCCCGGACGCGCCCGGCAUGCAGAACGGCCCGUCCCCCAUGGCCGCCCUGAUGUCUGUGACGGACAAUCUAGUGACUCCCAUCUCCCCCGUGAAGGACACCUCGUCGUCCGCCCCUUCCGGCACGACGGUCACCAGCACGAAUUCGCGCCGCAGCCCGAGCUCGACCCCGGGUCAGCACAUGCGGCGCGCGCCGCGGAGCAGCGAGAUGCACCAGGUUGUCACCAGAGAUCAGGAGAGCAACGCGAACUCUCAUCCUCUCCCCGACUCCUCCGUCAACUCCACCAACUCGUCCCUCACCUGCACGCUCUGUCACGAGAGACUCGAGGACACCCACUUCGUACAGUGCCCCUCCGUGCUCAGCCACAAGUUCUGCUUCCCCUGCUCGCGAGAGAGCAUCAAGAAGCAGGGGGCCAACGGGGAAGUGUACUGUCCGAGCGGAGAGAAAUGCCCCUUGGUAGGAUCCAGCGUGCCCUGGGCCUUCAUGCAAGGAGAGAUUGCCACCAUCUUGGGGUCGGAGGAAGCUGUCAAGGUUAAGAAGGAAAGGGAGACUUGAUCGACAUGUGAUGGAAUCACCUUGCAGGUGACAACACGGACAUUUCAUUCAAGGACUCCAAAGACUUUUGAGUUAAGAUAAGUCUUUAAGAAGUGCAGGAGAAGAAGAAGAAGUAUUCCAUAGGGACUGCUAACCCCAUGUUAACACCAAGCUUAAGGUGAGAAGAUGAGAGAUGUUGUAGGACAAGUUGGAUUUUUGUAGCUGUCUUAGGGAAAGUAAAUUCUGUACUCUGAAAAGGAGGGCCAGAACUGCUGGUAAGUUUGGCACUUCAGUCUCUGUUGUAAGAAAAGCAGACAGGGCACGAGCACUAGGGUGUAAACACUGCAGCCUGGCGAUUGUGUAGUUAGCCAGGUCAGCUGGAUUUGUUCAUGUGCAUUUUGUGUUAUAACUGCCCCCUAGGAGCCACCUCAUCAGUCAGCAUGAAAAAAAAAAAGUCUCAGAGAGUGCUCCAGCCCGAAAUUGGGGGGCCCAGAACAAAGGUAUCAUUCAGGCAGGAUGGAAAUCUUAGCUGUGUGUAUUUACAUACGGAAUUGUCAGCGGCCAGUACCGAGUACAACGGCAACCAAAACGGUCUCCUGACUCCAGCCCAUUGAGUCUGGCAGCCUGUUGUGUUGGAACUCUCCAAUGGCAUGGUGUCAGGUUCGGGCUGUAAUGUAGUAGGCAGGCUAAAAAGAAUGGCAGCCGCCCCCUGUAACUGGAGCAGUGGUGGGUCCAGUUUCCUGGCAGCAUUGUGAGGAAUGUUUGCAGGUGCUGUGCAGAGUAAAGUAGGGGAUCAGAUCGCUCCUGAGGGGGGGAGAGGUGGGAUGGGAGCAUGUUGUUUUGAGUUGAAGCUUUGUCUGGGUGCCUAAUUGUUAUGGACACUGUGCAGCACACAAAUCAGGACCUGACAGAUGCAGGGCAGUCAGUGUCAGAGCCGGGGAAAUGAAGUCCCCUUUCCAGGCAAGUCAGCCUAGCUGGAUUUAUUGAUCGGGCAGCGGCCCAUCAAUGGCGGGGUAUUGUUUGCCCGCUUUAGUGACAUCAUAGCACUGAUUUCACCCCCAGAUCAAGUGACAGGACAGGAAGGGCCAUUAAUCAAUGUCAUUGUGUUUGUGCAAAUAGCCAGGAUUGUGAAGACCUUGGCCUGGUCCACUCCUACUAGGGGUAGAGAGAGAGAGAGAGAGGACUGCCCUGCAUUUUACAUUGUCAUAAUUAUGCACCUGCAGAAAAGUGUUGUACUGGUAUUCUUGCUAGAGUAUAAAGAGAAGAUCUCAAAAGAGUAAUGUUCAGUUUUAUUUAGUUCCUGUGUAAGAGCAAAGAAGGGGGAGUUUUUGCACCUUUCUGUUUGCAUAGCAGUUUCCUUUGCUUGUUAAGUCAUCAUUGUUGCAUAUUGACACCCGAUUGUGAAUUGAUGGUUUCCAAAUGUCA